UCUUUGUGUAGUGUAUCAAACAGUAUCAAGAAAAGUGUACUUUAUUAUAGUUUAGAGUGAAUUGUGCGAUACAUUUCUUUUUGAAGAAGAUGUAAUUGAUGAUAAAUAAGUGCAGUGACUGCUACAGAGGAAUUUCAUAGUUAUUAAAAAAUUAGGACAGUACAAAAAUGAAAGGAUUUAAUAAACUGUUCCCUAAUAAAGAAGCAUUUAUUAUUUUUUCCUUGUACAUAAUUUUAUUCGUUUUCCAAGGCGUUUUUGUGACUGCUUCGAAAACUGAAAAUGGUGGAUACGAUUACAACACAACACUUGUUGUAUUUCUUUCAGAAUUACUAAAGUUAAUAAUAUCAGCCACAUUUUACACAUUAAAAAGGGAAAAUAAGCCUCAUAUAUUUAAAGCAAUUGUUAUCAAUUACAACCUUCUUUUGCUUUAUUUUAUACCAUCUUUGUUGUAUUGUUUUUACAACAACUUGGCAUUUAUUAAUUUAUCUCAUUAUGACCCGACAUCAUACUAUAUUCUUCUGCAAUUUAGGGUUGUCCUUACUGCAUUACUAUUUCAGUUCCUGUUUAACAAGAAAUUAACAUCUAUGCAAUGGGUCUCUUUAGUCAUAUUAACCUUGGGAUGUAUGAUCAAAAAUUUCGAUGCGGCAACAGUACAAUCUGAUGACGACAGUGAUAUAUGGCUACAAAUUUUUAAUAUUUACUUUUUAUCUAUAAAUUUCCAAAAUUUCUGCUCUUGUUUAGCCGGUACAUACAAUGAAUAUUUAUUAAAAACCAAAGGUUCUAAUGUCGAUAUAUUCUUACAAAAUGUAUUUAUGUAUCUCGAUUCAGUUAUAUGUAACUUAUUUAUUUUAAUGUACAAAGGGGAAUUAGGCAACAUCUUUCGUGAUAUGGAGUCUUUAAAAGAUACAACUGUUGUCUUAAUUACUGUGAACAGUGCCAUAGUUGGGAUAGUAACAAGUUUUUUCUUAAAGAAUUUAAACUCCAUAUUAAAAACAUAUGCAAGCGCUUUGGAACUUAUUAUAACAGCUGUUGUAUGUUAUAUUCUGUUUCAUAUUAUUAUUACGGGAUUCACAAUAUUAUCAAUAUGUCUGGUCAGUGUUGCCGUGGCAAUGUACUUUAAAAAUCCUGUUAACAAUACUAAUAUCUCAAAUGAUAAAGAUAAGCAACCCCUUUUAGAAAUUGUUGCUGACUGAAUAUUAUAUUUUUCUAACAAUUGACCUUUCCAGGUAAUUCUUUUAGUUGUAUUAAAAGUUCAUAUACAAGGCACCAUAGAAAGGUAUUUUUUGUUGUUUUUUCUCCCGCGAUUUAACAAUGUUAUAGUAUUUUUUUUACUGACGUCAUGAAGUUGACACAGUUGCUUAGAGUUACAGAGCUAACUAACCAGAUAGGAUAUUCUGUAUUUGACUGUAACAUUUGCUAAGAUUACAAGGAAAAGUAUUUAACCUUUUGUGAAGUAUGUUUUUUUUUUAUUUGUAUCCGUUUUAAAAUUGUGCGAGUUAAUGAUAAUAAGAUUUGACAAUUACAUACAGACAGUAAACUUUUCAAACACACUAAAAUUAUUUUAAGAUAAUCUUUUUAAAUUCAUUAAUCGCAAAUUUUUUGGAAAGGUCAAAUUGCUCGACUGAUAGGCGAGUGAUAUUUUUGGUAACUAAGGUAAGGAGGCAUCCAGUUCGUAUGAUAAGGUUAGUUAAGUUUAUUGAUUUUUGAAACUCAUGUAUUACGAAAAUAACCAAAGCUGUAAUAAUAUGAACAUAAAAGACAUUGUAGAUUUAUUACUCUUCAUCUCAUCAUAUUAAAUAAUAUUAGGAAACUGCUUAAUUAAAAAAAGUUACCAAAAUAUGUGUCACAUUAACUUUAAUACAUUAUGUAACCAGUAAUAAUAUGUAAAGCCAUAUUGAAUAGUAUAAAAUACAAGUGAAAAUGGAUGACUGUUAAGAUAUUUUAUUUUUGUUUUCAUAAAGGUAUUAAUUUCUUAUUUUGUCUGUUUUUUUUCCAUACAGACAUUGAAGUCGUUAACGAUGUAGAUUUAGUUAUAAUUGAUGUUUUGAAAUCACAAAAAAUAGUUGUUUCGUCAAAAUAUGAUUAACAUAUUAUUCGAAUGAUCGAUGUAAUUUUAUUAUGGCGAAUAUAGUCGACCCUAACCAUGACCCUGUGCGGUUAGACGACCGAAUAACAAAGCCUCACGUUAUUUUGGGGGCAAUGUAGAAAUAUUAAAUAAUACAACAUAAUGUAAUUAUGAAGGUAUUUGUUACUAGGAACAACUACUACUUACUAUUUUACACCGUAAAAUAACUAAACAAAUUCAUUGUGGAAAUAUCCUGUAUCA